UCAGAGAACAAAAUUCUUGUAUUCACUUGCUGAGGUGGCUUGCUACAGAUAGAAUCUUGUGAGAAUCUGUCUAAGCACUGUAACUUUAGCCUUUUAACUUUUUGCAUGAUUUUGCCCUCGAUUCUUGCUGACAGAUAAUAUCUUUAAUAUGCUUGUUUUUAUCACAAACCCUGUGUUUAUGUGUACUGAUGUGGGAAUGUAUUGUGUUACUGUUUGAAGUGAGAGGAAACUUGAAGUCAAGGAUAGGAUAGUAUGUAUGGAAACUACAAACCACCCCAUUCCUUUGAAACCAUAUAUGGCUAUCUACUCCAGGUAACCUGGGUAUGUAGUUUUACACUGUAUUCUUUGCCUUGGAUCCCAAGAGCCUCUUGUAUGAAUAGAAGUAACUUCUCUACAAGGGGAUUUAUUUUAUUCUGUGGGAUCUGUUGGAGCUCAAGAGUGGCUUUUUGGAGUGCAAAAGGCUGUUUGAGGAGGACGGUGGACAGGAAAAUUCAAUCUCAGGAGCACCAGUCUUCCUAUAGUUCAUUAGAUCAAAUAUAUGGUUCUUUGGAUCAUGGUGCAUUGGUUUGGGACCAGAACUUGAACAGUAUAUUGACUAAUUAUUUUGGUUGGAUCUACAAUAACACAGCUUGUGAAGGCAUUUCAUUUGGCAGAAGAGAGGGGAAGUUUUGAUGAUUCAUCCUUUUGCUGCAGACCACCCUGACUACCCACUCUCUUUGUGAGGGUCCCAAAUCCCAAGACCAGAAUUGGAGGGAGGAGCUCAGUAGAGGACAAAAAGAGUUCUAUGCCAUGUGCUGUGGUCUUCUUUUGGUACUUUGUUUCCAAUUGUCUACAUCUUCUGAUGUUUUAAUGGCCACUUCAAAUGUUCAAUUUUUAGUUGUAUUCCUAAACAUGUAAUGUGUGAAUUCAAUGAAAACAUGUCAUACAGAUACAUCAGUCAGGAAGCCGACAUUGACUGCAGUUUCAUGUCAAGUGAACCUUCAUUAUCAAUCCCAGUUUGGCUAUGAUAAAGUGCCAUAUAAUGUGUGAUAUGGUCCUUAGAACAUUUGGGUAAGAAAGUGACACACAUAAUGUUCUCAUAUCAAAGUUACCCAGUUUUCAUGUUUUGUAAUGUGUGUAAAAUUAAAAGUUAAAUGACUGUUCCUUUAAUAACUAUAAUUCCUGAUCAUUCUGGUGAAGAUUGUUGACAAAACUGUACUAGAUGGCAACAUGACUGGGUAUGAAAAAGAAAGUUUCUCCUUUCUAAGCUGUGUUAUCACACAAUAUAUGACUAUAACUUAUCACAGUUAUAAAUAAUAAAAUAAACUGUAUAUGCAAAGACUACACUAUUAUUUAGGCACUUCAAUACAGUCUACUUGCUAAAGAGAUAGUGGGCACAAGGUUGAAUAUAAAGUGUACCCAAUGUGUUAAUCCCCCUAACAAGUGACUGUGUGAUGCAGGGAACUCUGGCUGGCCAUGGGUCCUUAUGACAUGAACGUACUGUGAAAGAGUGGCUCUCAUAUGUUACAGGAGUACAUGUACAGUGCACAAACCACAGGAAGGUCAUGGAUUUCUAUGGAAAGCACACAGCCGUCACUUUAGCCAUAUUGUCUGUAUUUCUGAACAUCCUGCAUGCAUUACCAGAUGGAGAGCUUGUCAGGCAGGGCUGUACAGAAUGUCAACUAAAACUGAAUACACGUGUGACAGGAGCGCUCAAUGGGCAGCGCAUUUUCCAGUGCGUGGGAUGUUGUUUCUCAAGGGCUUACCCUACUCCCAUGAGGACAAAGAAAACAAUGCGAGUUCCAAAGAACAUUACAUCAGAGGCUACAUGCUGUGUAGCAAAAGCCUUCACAAGGAUUCCCUUUGAGGACAAUACAACUAUGGAGAACCACACUGAUUGUCACUGCAGUACUUGCUACUACCAUAAGUCUUAAGACCUUUUCAACUGGAACACAGUUGGCAACAAAAGGAAUUUCUUUUUUGCUUGGGUUUUGUAAUAUUGCAUAAUAUUGCAUAAUACUAAUUUCUGGAAAAGGAAGAGUUUCAUCCAGCAUCCUAUGAAAAAUCCUAUUCUGUUAUUUUCUCUGUACUUCCCACACAUUGAGCUUGGCUAAGUGUGUUUCACUAUUUCUUCUAGGACAAAAUACAGAAUUCUGCAUGAAAAAAAGCCUUGUUCAUUUCAUAUCUCAAGUGUGAAUUAAUGUAUACAUUUCUUUCCCCAGAAAAGGGAGAUUAUUAUAACUUAAUACAAUUCCCCCAAUAAAAAUUCCAACAUAA